UUUUACCAGUUAAUAUCUGCGUUGCGUUUCUAGCGCAAAACAGUCGAAAUUGUCAGCUCGUUGGCAGAGCAUCGCGUCAGCAGCUCUCCUUUAUUUUGAAUUUAAGUGCCCACAGGGAUCAAAAGGAUAUAUACACACUCACACUCAAAAUGGCCAAAACAUUUAUCAGUGCUUUCCUGUGUCUAGCCAUGUUUGGCUCAAUGGCCGCCGCUGCCGGUGGUGCAUGCCGGGAGGCCAAUGGAACUGCUCCUGUCUCUGGAUCCUGCGAUGCCUACAUCGAGUGCAAGAAUGGUGUGGCCGAGGAGAAGCUCUGUCCCGAUGGUCUGCUGUACAAUGAGAAGUCCACCGGUUAUCCCUGCGGCUAUCCCAUCGAUGUGGAGUGCACCCAGGGCCAGGCCCGUCUGCAGGCUGCCCAGCCCACGGAGGAUUGCCCCCAUCAGUUUGGUUACUAUCGCAUGGGUGACUCUAGCCACUGCGGUCAGUUCAUGAACUGUGCUGCCGGAAAAGGAUUCGUCUUCGACUGCCCCGAGGGUCUGGCCUGGAAUCCGGCCACCUACAAGUGCGAUUGGCCCGAUCAGGUCGAGGAUUGCGAUGCCGAGGCUUUCCUGGGCUUCAGCUGCCCGGCUCCUGCUCCUAAAUCGGAGUUGCUGGGCGAGCAGGAGGAGGACUAUACCUUCCAUCCCUCGCAGGACAAUUGCCAGGUUUACUUCAUCUGCAUUGAGGGACGACCACGUCGCAUUGGUUGUGGCGAGGAUCAGGCCUUUAAUCAGGAGCUGAAGCAAUGCGAUGAUAUUGACAAUGUGCCCAACUGCAGCAGUGCCAUUAGAGAGAAGGGAGCCCAGAUCAAGGCUGCCCGUCAGUAUGCCAAGAGGAACUAAGUCCCACGAACUAAAUAACCACGAACAUGCCAUAUAUAUAGACAUUUAUAUAGGCAACAGGUUGCUCGAGUUUUCUAGUCUGUAGUUAAAGAAAUUGCAAAAAUUGGUUGCUUGUCACAAAUAAUAAACAAAAAAUCGU